UCGAGUAUAGUUUACCAUCGCUAUAAAAUAAUUUUGAUUAGUGCAUUUCACAUCAAUUUAUCCUGUGUUUUGUGUUGAUUUCUCUGCAUCAAAUCAACAUGGCAGCUUACACCGAGGAUCAGUUGGCUGAGUUCCAGGAAGCCUUCAACCUAUUUGACAACCGUGGCGACGGCAAGAUUCAGCUGUCCCAGGUGGGAGAAUGCCUGCGAGCCCUAGGGCAAAAUCCCACGGAGUCGGAUGUCAAAAAGUGCACCCAUCAGCUGAAGCCCGAUGAGCGUAUUUCGUUUGAGGUCUUCCUACCCAUCUAUCAGGCCAUCUCGAAAGCGCGCUCUGGCGAUACAGCUGAUGACUUCAUUGAAGGCUUGCGUCAUUUCGAUAAGGAUGCCAGUGGUUACAUUUCGUCCGCCGAACUGCGUCAUCUUCUCACAACCCUGGGAGAGAAGUUGACCGACGAGGAGGUGGAACAACUGCUGGCCAACAUGGAGGAUCAGCAGGGAAACAUCAACUACGAGGAGUUUGUGCGUAUGGUGAUGAGCGGUUGAAGAUCUAUGAGGGCCCCGCAUAGAUU